UUUGUUUUAGGGGAAAGUCACAUGAUACUCAACAGCCAAUGGGGCCCUUCUUCAUCUGCAUCCAUAAUUCAAGAAUUAUUGCAUUAUUACACACUAUAGACAACAAGUGGAGUGUCCGACCAUCGUUGAAUUUUCAUUUUUUCCCCUCUUUAAGAAAGUACAACCCCCCAUUUUGCAUGAAAGUCUAGGUAAAAAUCCCAAUAUUCUAAAGAAAUAGUCGCCUUUGGAAUUUAUUUCCAUUGUUGAAUCAAACUGCUAAAUCUAAACCUCCUCCCUCUCUCUCUCCAACCUUUCUUCAUCUAUCCACCAUCUUGAUCAAAGUUUUUCCCAAUAUGAUAAUCUUGUCGGUUUGAGUUUCAUUCCUCAAUUCUCUUGUCAGAGAAAGCAUCGACGGGGUCGGUCCGAUCGAGAACGAUGAGAGCUGAGGGACGACGAUCAUCAGUUGGUGCAAGUGUUGCAAACUAAAGAAGAUCGAAUCCAAUUGAGCCUGAUUAUAUUUCCGAAGGAUUGAAAUUGUGAGCAAUGUGUCCACUCUAAUUAAUUAAAUAUCUUGGAAGAUGAGUAUUAGCGGAGAAGACAACAUGGCCUCAUCAGAUUCAUCUGAGAACCUCUCCUCGAUCGACUUGAACGAGGAGGCGGGGAGCAAUGUAGUUGGCGAUCCCAUGAUUGAAAUGUCCGGCAUAAGCAUUCAAGAAGCGAGAGACGAGAGAUCCGGAGACGACAGCUCCAAAUCCGAAGAUGGCCAUGCCAAGGACAAGAAGAAUUCAGUUCGCCAAUACGUUCGAUCCAAAAUGCCCAGGCUUAGAUGGACUCCUGACCUUCAUCUCUCCUUUGUUCAUGCCAUUGAAAGACUAGGUGGCCAAGAAAGAGCCACUCCGAAAGCAGUGCUUCAAUUGAUGAAUGUGAGAGGGCUGAGCAUCUCCCAUGUCAAGAGUCACCUGCAGGUGCACAAGAUGUAUAGAAGUAAGAAGCUUGACGAAUCUGGACGAGUAAUAGGUCAAGCAAAUAGGAUUUACAUUCAAGGGAGAGGCUACUUGUCUAGCUCAUCAUCAGCUUAUAAUGAGAAAUGCAGCCCAUUUCACGAGUUGAGAAUGGAGAAUGGUGGCAUUGUCUUUGCAAGGAAUCAUCUCGAUUGCUCCACGCCAUUUCCACAAAAUUUAAAAUCCCAUCACAGUCUAUCUUCUUCCAGGUACCAUCCAUGGUCCUCUUACCGUCACGAACCAAAAAUUAGGGUUGAACCGGGACUAAUUUCAGAGGUUGGAACCCUAGAGAAACGGUCUAUCUCUAGUAAGUAUAUCCAUGCAUUGCACGAGAGCUACGGCCCACUUAGGCCGAGCCAGCUCCUCCAAGGAAGAAGAUGGCCUCACAUCCAAAAUCAAUCCAAAGAGAAAGAAAUCUCCAAAUCCAACAAUAUUUGGUCGUCGUCACAGAGUUUAAGACCACAAUCUCGUUGGAUUAAUAAUAAUUCUAUCCACAAAUCCAGCUUCAAUCUCGACAGGCUUCAGCUGAUGAAUGAGGAAAGGAAAAUGGAGCGCAAAGAGUGGUUUCCAGCCGAUUUGAAACUGGGAUUGAGCCUGAGUUUAAGCAGCAACAAUGAUCAGAAAGGUUGCAGCAAAGACGGGGGCGAUCACUCGGAUAUUAACACGAAGCUUUCGCUUGCUCUAACCCCUCAUUCAUCGACUGCAAACUAGCUAAACAAUCAAAUUAAGUUCAUAUAUAGCUGAUGAAUAAUAUGUAUACACUUAAAAUACGAGAAAAAGUGGCUAAGUACUUGAGAUCUGACCGUGUAUGCUCGAGUUGAGAGCAUGGGAGUGAGAUCUUAUAAGUACUUAGUCUUUUACAAGGAUACCUAGCUAGCUACAACACAUAAUUAAGCAGCUGCUUUUGUGCUAUUACUUUGUUUCUGUGUUUUCUGUUUCUGUUAAUUAGCUAGCUGCAUUUUUGCAUAUGAUGAAAUACUACCAUUGUAUAAGUAUUUGUAUUUUUCUGACUCGGAUCGUUUCAA